CCUGCAGACAUAAUGAGGAGAUUGGCUUUUCGAGGCGCUGGUUGUGCUCUGAAGAAGUUGGAUUCCAUGGGUUCCAAGAGAAGAAGAGCCACCUCUCCUUCCAGCAGUGUCAGUGGAGACUUUGAUGACGGGCACCAUUCUGUGCCUACACCAGGCCCAAGCAGGAAAAGGAGAAGACUGUCCAAUCUUCCAACUGUAGACCCUAUUGCUGUGUGCCAUGAACUCUAUAACACCAUCCGAGACUAUAAGGAUGAACAGGGCAGACUCCUCUGUGAGCUGUUCAUUAGGGCACCAAAGCGGAGAAAUCAACCAGACUAUUAUGAAGUGGUUUCUCAGCCCAUUGACUUGAUGAAAAUCCAGCAGAAACUUAAAAUGGAAGAGUAUGAUGAUGUUAAUCUAUUGACUGCUGACUUCCAGCUGCUUUUUAACAAUGCAAAGGCCUAUUAUAAGCCAGAUUCCCCUGAGUAUAAAGCUGCUUGUAAACUCUGGGAUUUGUACCUUCGAACAAGAAAUGAGUUUGUUCAAAAAGGAGAAGCAGAUGAUGAAGAUGAUGAUGAUGAGGGGCAAGACAAUCAAGGAACAGUGACUGAAGGUUCUUCUCCAGGUUACCUGAAGGAGAUCCUGGAACAGCUUCUUGAAGCCAUAGUUGUAGCCACAAAUCCAUCAGGACGGCUCAUCAGUGAACUUUUUCAGAAACUGCCUUCCAAAGUGCAAUAUCCAGACUAUUAUGCAAUAAUUAAGGAACCUAUAGAUCUCAAGACCAUUGCUCAGAGGAUACAGAAUGGAAGCUACAAGAGUAUACAUGCAAUGGCCAAAGAUAUAGAUCUUCUAGCAAAAAAUGCCAAAACAUACAAUGAGCCUGGGUCUCAAGUAUUCAAGGAUGCCAAUUCAAUUAAAAAAAUAUUUUACAUGAAAAAGGCAGAAAUUGAACAUCAUGAAAUGACUAAAUCAAGUCUUCGAAUAAGGACUGCAUCAAAUUUGGCUGCAGCCAGGCUGACAGGUCCUUCGCACAAUAAAAGCAGCCUUGGUGAAGAAAGAAACCCCACUAGCAAGUAUUACCGUAAUAAAAGAGCAGUCCAAGGGGGUCGCUUGUCAGCAAUUACCAUGGCACUUCAGUAUGGCUCAGAAAGUGAAGAGGAUGCUGCUUUAGCUGAAGCUGAAAAAAGUGAAGAUUCCUCAGGUACUACAGGCCUCUCAGGCUUACAUCGUACAUACAGCCAGGACUGCAGCUUUAAGAACAGCAUGUAUCAUGUCGGAGAUUAUGUCUAUGUUGAACCUGCAGAGGCCAAUCUACAACCACAUAUAGUCUGUAUUGAGAGGCUAUGGGAGGAUUCAGCUGGUGAAAAAUGGUUGUACGGCUGUUGGUUUUAUCGGCCAAAUGAAACAUUCCAUUUGGCUACACGAAAAUUUCUAGAAAAAGAAGUUUUUAAGAGUGACUAUUACAAUAAAGUUCCUGUUAGUAAAAUUCUAGGCAAAUGUGUAGUCAUGUUUGUCAAGGAAUACUUUAAAUUAUGUCCAGAAAACUUCCGAGAUGAGGAUGUUUUUGUCUGUGAAUCAAGGUAUUCUGCCAAAACCAAAUCUUUUAAGAAAAUUAAACUGUGGACCAUGCCCAUCAGUUCAGUUAGGUUUGUCCCUCGGGAUGUACCUUUGCCUGUGGUUCGAGUGGCCUCUGUAUUUGCAAAUGCAGAUAAAGGGGAUGAUGAGAAAAAUACAGACAACUCAGAUGACAACAGAGCUGAAGACAGUUUUAACUUGGAAAAGGAAAAAGAAGAUGUUCCUGUGGAGAUGUCCAAUGGUGAGCCAGGCUGCCACUACUUUGAGCAGCUUCGGUACAAUGACAUGUGGCUGAAGGUUGGCGACUGUGUCUUCAUCAAAUCCCAUGGCUUGGUGCGCCCUCGUGUUGGCAGAAUUGAAAAAGUAUGGGUCCGAGAUGGAGCUGCAUAUUUUUAUGGCCCUAUCUUCAUUCACCCAGAAGAAACAGAACAUGAGCCCACAAAAAUGUUCUACAAAAAAGAAGUGUUUCUAAGUAAUCUGGAAGAAACCUGCCCUAUGAGUUGUAUUCUGGGGAAAUGUGCUGUGCUGUCAUUCAAGGACUUCCUCUCCUGCAGGCCAACUGAAAUACCAGAAAAUGACAUUCUGCUUUGUGAGAGCCGCUAUAAUGAGAGUGACAAGCAGAUGAAGAAGUUCAAGGGGUUGAAGAGGUUUUCACUCUCUGCUAAAGUUGUAGAUGAUGAAAUUUACUACUUCAGGAAACCAAUCGUUCCUCAGAAGGAACCCUCACCUUUGUUAGAAAAGAAGAUCCAAUUGCUAGAAGCUAAAUUUGCUGAGUUAGAAGGUGGAGAUGAUGAUAUUGAAGAAAUGGGAGAAGAGGAUAGUGAAGUCAUUGAACCUCCAUCUCUACCUCAGCUUCAGACACCUCUGGCCAAUGAGCUGGACCUCAUGCCCUAUACACCCCCACAGUCUACCCCAAAGUCUGCCAAAGGCAGUGCAAAGAAGGAAGGUUCUAAACGGAAAAUCAACAUGAGUGGCUACAUUUUGUUCAGCAGUGAAAUGAGAGCUGUGAUUAAAGCCCAGCACCCAGACUAUUCUUUUGGGGAGCUCAGCAGACUGGUGGGGACAGAAUGGAGAAACCUUGAAACAGCCAAGAAAGCAGAAUAUGAAGAGCGGGCAGCUAAAGUUGCUGAGCAGCAGGAGAGAGAGCGAGCAGCACAGCAACAGCAGCCGAGUGCUUCUCCCCGAGCAGGCACCCCUGUGGGGGCUCUCAUGGGGGUGGUGCCACCACCAACACCAAUGGGGAUGCUCAAUCAGCAGUUGACACCUGUUGCAGGCAUGAUGGGUGGCUAUCCGCCAGGCCUUCCACCUUUGCAGGGCCCAGUUGAUGGCCUUGUUAGCAUGGGCAGCAUGCAGCCACUUCACCCUGGGGGGCCUCCACCUCACCAUCUUCCGCCAGGUGUGCCUGGCCUCCCAGGCAUCCCACCACCCGGUGUGAUGAAUCAAGGAGUAGCCCCCAUGGUAGGGACUCCAGCACCAGGUGGAAGUCCAUAUGGACAACAGGUAGGAGUUCUGGGACCUCCAGGGCAGCAGGCACCACCUCCAUAUCCUGGUCCUCAUCCAACGGGCCCACCAGUCAUACAGCAGCCAACAACGCCCAUGUUUGUGGCUCCCCCACCAAAGACCCAAAGGCUUCUCCAUUCAGAGGCCUACCUGAAAUACAUUGAAGGACUCAGUGCUGAAUCCAACAGCAUUAGCAAGUGGGACCAAACUCUAGCAGCUCGAAGACGGGAUGUCCAUUUGUCAAAAGAACAGGAGAGCCGCCUACCUUCUCACUGGCUCAAAAGUAAAGGGGCACACACCACCAUGGCAGAUGCCCUCUGGCGCCUGCGGGAUUUAAUGCUUCGAGAUACUCUCAACAUCCGACAGGCAUACAACCUAGAAAAUGUUUAAUCACGUCAUUGUUUCUUCUAUGGAAGCAAAGAGUUGUGGAGCGGUAGCCAUUUUAGUUACUGGGGUGGGAGGGAGGAACAAAGGAUGAUAAUUUUUAUUGCAUUUUACUGUACAUCACACAGCCAUUUUUAUAUAAGGACACUUUUAAUAAGCUAUUUCAAAUUUGGUUUUGUUACAUUAAGUUGACUAUCAAAUACACAAAAGAUUUUUUUGCAUAUGUUUCCUUUGUUUAAAACCAGUUUCAUAAUUGGUUAUAUAUAGUAAUAGUUUUAUCUUUACUUGUUAAAGGACUUAAAUCAAAGGUUUUGGCUUGGCUUUGGUUUUCUUUUUUAUAAAUAUAUAUAUAUUAUAUAUAUAUAUACACACACACACAAAAGAAAAAAAUGAAAAAAAGUUUACAAAUUUAAGUUGACAAUGAAAUGUGAAGUUGGUCCUAGUUUACAUCUUAGAGGAAUGUAUAUGUAUGUUUUACAUGCCUAAAUAUCUGCAGGUUUUCUUACAGGUAAAACGAAGUACUUUGAAAAGUUUAGAUCAUAUAUGUGUGACGGAUGCGGCAUAUUUGCUCUAUUAACACAGAGGCUUAUAUAGAAAUCUAAAGUCACUGCUAUAUAUCCAUCCACAGUUAGCAUAACUGAAGGAAAAAGUAACUUUUGUGCUGAGUUAGACAUCUGUAUUGUCAGUGAUUCUUGUAGAACAUAUGCUCAGAUCUGAGUUAUAUUUAGUUUUGGAAGGUAAGUUUAAGAGUACUUUUGAUCAGUUUAUGAUUCAGUUUAUGAUUUUAGUUUAUGCCUUCAUGUUAUACAUAUAUGAUUUGAAACUGUACAUUUGUUACCUUGAAAAACAUUGAAGAAAGUACUGAAGUAUGCAUGGAGGUGGUUUAUUUUAAGCAUAAUACCUAACCUAAGAAAGAGUAUACAUGGACACAAGCUGUGCCUUGCACAUUACUGUGUAAGGGUAGACUGCCUAAAUAGACCGAUGUCCUGGAUUCUUUAUUUCCUUGUUAUCAGUUAUAGUAUUUUGUUUGUUUCAGGGUUGGAAUUCUCAACCAGAAAUAAUUCUUUCUAAAAUAUUUUAAAAUUCAGCUUGUGCUUUGGAUUAUAGAAGGAAAUUAUUACAGAUCCCAACACUUGGAUUUGGUGACCUUGUCUUUUCUUUCUUUUCUUGAGACAUGGUCCUACUACCAACCCUGACUGGACUGGAACUCACAGUAUAGACUAGGCUAGUCUCAGACACCUGCCGCUUCCUCCCAGGUGCUUGGGUUAAGGGCAAGCACCAUCACGUUCAGGAGCCACAGCCCUGUCUUUCUACCAUGGCCCUAGAGUAAACGCUGAGGCAGUAUGCAGUGCUCAGGCGGCAGCACACAGUCCACACAGUGGGGGUUUUGAACCCGCUUUAUUCUAACUGGGUGGAUUUGUUGUACUGAUGCUGCCACUGCCCUGUUGUUCAUUUAGAAUGAUGGUUAAAUGACACUCUUCCUUUAAAAUAUAACGGAUCAGUACUCGUGUUUAAUUGCCAUGCUUAAUAAAUCAUGAGAACAAAAGAGUAUAGAAUGGAAAGCAGUCCCUGGUAGCUACCUUAAAUACAGGAGCCCUGUAACUUAAUACCAGUAGUCAACCACUGGAUCUCAAUUUUCAUCAAGUAUUUUAAAUAAUCUUAAAUUUUAAAAAAUGUACUGCAGAGUAUGCCAUUAUCUUAUUGUUAAACUGAAUCAAAUAAAUCUUUGAUUCCUGGUUAUUUGGA